GCGCCGGGGACCCCGCGCCCCGCCCGCAGCCGCCCCCUGCGGCCCCGGGCGCCACCGCCCGCGCGGCCCCGCGCGCCUUCUCUGAAAAUCUCAAUUUUUCCCCCCUCCCAGUUAAUUUUUUAUUUUUUCCUUCCCCCGCCGCCGCAGGUUGCUGAUCCAGGCCGGGCAGCUGCAGCGGCGACUGCAGAGGCGCUGCGCCAAGCGGGGCUGGAGCGCUGCGAGCCGGCGGGGCUGCGGAGGGCGGGCGCGUGGACGCAGGGUUGUUGGGAGGCGUCCAUGGCGUAAUAUGGGAAGCCCCCCUGAAACCACACACCAGCGGGCACCCUGGGAAGGUGACGUCGAGACUUAGCCCAGCCUGGUCUGGGGUUCCUGGUUCCGCUGCAGGACUCCUCCAGCCUGCAGCCCCCGCUGCGUGGGUGGGAGUCCGAGUGUCAGGGUCCGAGGGCACUGUGGGCACCGCAGUGCCCGGUGAGCGAGUCGGACCCUCAGCCCCUGGCCCCCGGCGCCACAGGGUCGGGCGUGUGUGAGGACACCCCAGGACUCCGACCCGGCCGCUCUCAGCCAGGCGUCGGGACCCCGCUCAGUUUCCCGGAGAAGGCACCCGGCCCGGGGGUCCUGCCAAGGAGAAGCCAUGCCGGGCACCGGCGAGAGGAUGACGUGGCCAGGGCCGGCCCUGCCCGCGGCCCCCCCAACCCACCCUCUCUCCUCAGCCCCCGGGACUCCGUCCAUUCCGCCCCUCACCCGGACCCGCAGCCUCAUGGCCAUGUCCCUCCCAAGCAGCAGACGGACGCCCGCCGCGCCCCGCAGUGGGGGCCCUUGGGGCCGCAGUGGCCUGGCAGUGUUUGCCCAAUGCCCGCAGCUGUCCACCAGCCAGAGCGACCACCUGCCUCUUCUUCCCGCCUCCAGGCGCACGUCCCCACCCGUGAGCGUGCGGGACGCCUGCGGGGCCUCCACGCUCAGCAGCAGCAGCAACUCGGGCUCCUGCAAGGGCAGCGACGGCAGCCCCACGCCCAGGCGCUCCAUGAAGUACAUGCUCUGCAGCGACAACCAUGGCAUCAAGCCGCCGGCCCCUGAGCAGUACCUCACGCCCCUGCAGCAGAAGGAAGUCUGCAUCCGCCACCUGCGUGCCCGGCUCAAGGACACGCAGGACCGACUCCAGGACCGGGACACGGAGAUCGGCGACCUGAAGGCACAGCUGUCGCGCAUGCAGGAGGACUGGGUGGAGGAGGAGUGCCACCGCGUGGAGGCCCAGCUGGCCCUGAAGGAGGCGCGCAAGGAGAUCCGGCAGCUCAAGCAGGUCAUCGACACGGUGAAGAACAACCUGCUGGACAAGGACAAGGGGCUGCAGAAGUACUUCGUGGACAUCAACAUCCAGAACAAGAAGCUGGAGACGCUGCUGCACAGCAUGGAGGUGGCCCAGGACGGGGCGGCCAAGGAGGACGGCAGCGGGGCCGGGGAGUCGGCCGGGGGCUCCCCCGCCCGCUCGCUCACCCGCAGCUCCACCUACACCAAGCUGAGCGACCCGGCCGUGUGUGGCGACCGCCCGGGGGUCCCCGCCGAGGACGGCCCUGACAGCGGCUUCGGCACCACCGAGGACACGCUGAGCCGCACGGACGGGCUGGAGGCCAGCAGCCUGGUGUCGUCGGGCGUGGACUGCGGGCCAGACGAGGCCUCGCUGCACGGCUCCUUCAGCCUGGGCCCCCGCUUCCCCGCCAGCAGCGCCUACGAGAAGCUCCUGUGCGCCAUGGAGGCGGGCGUGCAGGUCAGCUGCAUGCAGGAGCGCGCCAGCCAGACGGACUUCCUGCCCUGCCAGCCCGACCUGGACGCCCUCCUGGAGAAGGUGGCCAAGGCCCAGGUGGGCGGCACAGACCCCUCCGAGGCAGGGGACAGGGGCCCCAAGGCGGAGCCGCGCGGCCCGGGGCCCAGGGACGCCAACUCCACCGUGGUGGUGACCGUGGGUGAGGACCCGAUGCAGCCCAUCACCCAGGGGCCCACAGCGCUCCGGCUGGGCGCCUCGCCCAAUCCCGGCGCGUCCAUGAGCGUGGCGUGCCCCGACGACGAGGAGGCAGCCGAGGCAGCCGCGGCCGAGAAGGAGCCCAGGAGCUACUGGAGCCGCCACUACAUCGUGGAUCUGCUGGCGGUGGUGGUGCCCGCCGUGCCCACCGUGGCCUGGCUGUGCCGCUCGCAGCGCCGCCAGGACCAGCCCAUCUACAACAUUAGCUCCCUUCUCCGGGGCUGCUGCACCGUGGCCUUGCACUCCAUCCGCAGGAUCAGCUGCCGCUCGCUCGGGCCCCCGGGCGGCUCCCAGCUCUGAGGGGCCCCACCCCACGCCACCCCCCCACCCCUGGCGGCAGCUCCAGGCCCGACCACUGAUUGUAGGGCGCUGCUUCCUCUCCCGCCUUCCCCGGCUGGCAGAGGCGGGUUUUUAUUUGAGUCUGGGGUCUGGGAGCUGUUCUUUUUUUUUUUUUUAAUAUUUUUUCCAGGCGGUAACCAUGAAGUGGGGCAGGAGACAGGGGGGAGGGGGAGGCAGCCCCAAGAGAGGAGGGACCAGGGCGGAGGCGGGAAGGCACGCUGGAGGGACAUGUGGCCCCAAGAGGGUGGCGAGCCCCCGGCCCUGCCCGCCCUGCCCCAGCGGAGCUCGUGGGUCCGCUAAGCCGGGGAGCUUGGCCCGGAGGAGCCCCGGCCCCCACCCUCACGUCCCGCUUCCCUCCCAAGCCGCCCCCUGCCCAGCCCGGGACUCAGGGCCAGUAUUACCCUUCAGCUGGAGGCAGGCACAAGCCACCCACCCAGCUUUUCGGCUCUCCAGCAGGGUUGGGGACGGCUGGGGCAGCCCACUUCGGGGUCCUGCGGCACAGUUGGGCCACAGGCUGGAGGAAAGGGCAGGAGGAGGCAGAGGGCGAGCGGCUUUCGUGUUUGUCUCUCAUCCGUCCACCCCAUCUCCACCCCCUCGGGCCAUCUCGGGCACCCGGGGCCUGUCGCUUCCUUCUCUGGGGGCGCUGAGCCCGGCUGGCAGCUGGACAGGCUGGGAGGUGGAAGGCGGGGACUGGACUCAGCAGGGCUCUUGCUUGCAGACCUUCCCAGCCCCCCUCAGAGCACACCCCACCUUUCUCUGGCUGGCGGGGCGGGGGGGGGGGGGCUUCAGGUCAGACAUUCUCUUUGCACUCUGUUCCCUACGGGGGCUUGUUGCUUCCACAUCCCGGGGUGCCCCCAUGGGGGGCUGCCUGCGGGCCAGGAUGGGGGCUUCUCGACCUCAGGCCUGUCUGUCUGCGGGCGCAGGAGGCGGGGUGCGCCGUGAGACGGGGAUUAGAGCUGAGCUGAAGCUGGGUAAGAGGUCCGGGGUGCGUGGUUGGCGGGAGCCCCCGUCCAAGCUGCCGACACGGACGCCCCGUCUGGACCCUGGGAGCCCCAAGCCAUCCCCCCCGUCCGAGUGCCCAGCUGUUGUCCAGAGGUUUGGCCCAUCUCUGGCAUCUCCCUCCUCAGGCCUCAGGCGACUGUGCUUCUCUGCCGAGGUCGCUUGCUCGCCCCCCCCACCCCUGCUGCCCCGCCCUUCCCACGCCCGCAGCUCAGCUGGGUGGGGGGCACCCGCAUGUCCCCGGAGAGCCACGCGCCCUCUCCACCUCGCGCUUCACGCCUCCAAGGCCACCCCGCCUUGGUCCUGUUCGCACACCAGCCAUCCUGCGCAAAACAUCCCCCCUCCCCUCCCCAGCACCGGCCAGACCCGCCUGGCUGGGCGCCCCCCCACACCCACCCCGGGACCUGGGUGUGCCUCGGGGGGGGCUCUGUGCCCAGCCCUGGCCAGGCCCCGCGUCCUGGGUGCUCCUGCGGCCGCGUGGUGUCGACUCAGAAACUAAGCUUUGCCGAGGAAAUAAACGUGCGGCUCUCUUUGGCCACGUGGAAUCUGUCUCUCACCUCUGGAAUGUCGUCGUCAAGCCAUGUGACACCCACCCACCCACCCACCCCCCUUCCACAGUCCUGCUGGCGUCUCACUCUGUGGCCUUCCUUCUGUGGCCUGUGCUUGGUGGCGUGGCUGGUGUCCUUACUGUGGAUGGAGCAGUCAAUCAGUGCUGCGGUCCAGGGGCCUGGAGCGGGCCGGGGGGCGAGGCGAGGGCCUGAGGCGGGGCUCUGCGAGGGCCCCAGCCCCCCUUGCCCAGAGUGCCCGGGCCGGGGGCCCCCAGCAGUGGAGACGGCUCCCAGCCCAUUCCGCCCGUGACCCAGGGCUCCUGUGUGCGUCUGUGUCUGCGUGAGUCUGUGUGUGUCUGUGAGUGUUCCCCUUUCCGCAUCUAUGCAAAAGGUGCAGCCUGGCCCGGCCGCCCCGUGUGGGGGCACAGCGCCUGCUGGCUCAGGCUCCAGCCCCGCCACUGCAGGGCCCACACUCAGGGGCUGGAGGCCAGGCCCGGCCCCAGGUCCCCGGCUACUGCUCUGCCUCCAAAGCGCCCUCGCCCGCCUGCCUCGGACCUCCUCCUGCCGGCGGGGACCUCGCCGGCCUGCCCUCAGCUUCAGGAACGGGGACCUUGGGGCCUGCCCCCUCCCCCGCCUUGGGCCCCAAGCUGAUGGGCUCCAAAGGAUCCCCGUUCCCGGGAGCCGCCUUCUGGACAUCCGCUGCCCGCGGCCGGCAGCCUGGGGAGCCUGUCCUCCGCGGCCCAGCCUCGGCCGACCUCCACGCCUCGCUCCAGGCUGCGGCAGGAAUGAGGUGGAGAGGGGCACGCCGGGCUCCCGCCAAGUUUAUUCCAAAUAUCUCCCAAGGGGGAAACAGCUUUUCACCCACCGCCCUUCCCAGUGGCCGCUGGUCCUGGGCGGGUCCAUGUGACAGCGCCUUGAAGGGUUCUCGAGCAAAAGCCCCCAGAACCCACACCCACUCUCCGGCGUGGGGGGCCCCACAAACAGGUCACAGUGCACUCAUCUUAGACCGUCCCCUUGACAGAGAACUCAGGGGACACGGGCAAGGGGAGGUGGGGGGGUCUUCACUUCUGUCUCCUUCGUCCUCUCGUUCAGCCAGAGUUGUACCCGCGGCGCUCGGCUCUGAAUUAAAGCAUGGAAACACCAACA